CUUUGGCUAUUCAAGAUGGAAAAACCGGAGGAGCUAGACAGGAUUCAGAAAAGGGUCAACAAGAUCCUGGAGGCCCGUCUGGAGUCGGAUAAGGACACCUUGGACGCUCUGAGUGGUCUGUCCACUUUUUUCACGGAAAACACCCUUCAGAACCGCAGGAACCUGCGGAGUCAGAUCGAACACCGCUCCGUGGGCAUCAAUGAAAACUUCCUGAAGGCAUUUCGCGAAGUAAAGCUCUCCCUGGACGCUGUGUGCGACGAUCUGGACACAAUGGCCACGUCAGUGGAGACCAUGAAAUCUGAUCUGGAGACAUCAAAGGCACUUACGAAGGAUCUGAUCGAGCAGACUAACACCAUGCAGCGAGAAAGGGAUCGAUUAGAAGUCCAUCAACAGAUUGCCCAGGCUUUUUUGGCCCGUUUCCAGUUAAGCGGAGCUGAGCACCAGUUGCUCUAUGGCGCUGCCAAGGAUGCACCCAUUGUACCAGACUUUUUCCGAGUUCUGGACAGGGUACAAAGCAUCCACGCCGACUGCAGGUUAUUGAUGCAGUGCGGUUACCAAACUGCUGCCCUUGACAUCAUGGAGGAGAUGACGUUGCAUCAAGAGGGCGCUCUGGAGAGGCUCUACCGCUGGACUCAAAAUCACUGCCGCAGUUUGGAGAACAACGAGAUCGGUCCACUUAUUGUGGAAGCCAUGAGCAGGCUACAGGAUCGUCCUGUUCUAUUUAAAUACGUUAUUGAUGAGUAUGCCAUUGCGAGAAGGGCGGUUUUGGUGCGCCAGUUCAUCGAGGCAUUAACAGAAGGUGGUCCUGGUGGUAACCCUAAGCCUAUAGAGCUUCAUGCCCACGAUCCUAAGCGUUAUAUUGGGGAUAUGUUUGCCUGGCUACAUCAGAGCAUUCCCAGCGAAAAGGAAAACCUGUCGUUGCUUUUUAAAAAGUGCGAUAAGCAAGAUAUUUCCGACCAGCUCCAGAACGCUUUGGGUUAUAUAGCCGAUGGCGUCUGCCAUCCCUUAAAAGUGCGCGUGGAGACGAUACUGCAGGCGGAGAAAGACACUAUCGUGCUGUUUACCAUUUCCAAUCUGCUGCGCUUCUAUCAGCAGAUAAUGCGCCAGGUUGUGCAGGGCGGCAGCCUGGAGGAGUGCCUGGUUGAGCUACAGAAGAGCAGUGAGCAAAUAUAUCUAGGGGCAUUAGCUGCCCAGGUAAGAAGCGUUUUGCAACGGCCAUCUGGAGGAUCGGGACUAGCUUUAGAACCCCCACAAAGAGAUCUUAUACCGCCACCAAGCGUUGCCCGCUUGCUAAAUAUACUCAAGGAGAUUCUUUCGGUAGCCACCAUGGUCGAUGGUCGGCAGGCGGACAUCACCAAGAUCGUGAGCUGUGUGAUUGAUCCAUUGCUGCAAUCCGUUCAGGAAAGUGCCGCCCAUUUGCCCACCGUGGACAUGGGUGUAUACCUCCUGAACUGUCUGCAUCACAUGCAGAGCUCACUGGCUGUUUACGAAUAUAUGGACGAACGUGUGGAGCGUCUGCAGGCACAAUCAGAUGCCCAAUUGGACACAUUAACUUCCGAGCAGGCUUCAUCUUUGGUGGCCAACCUUAAUCUGGGUCCCAUCUACGCUAUCUUGCAGAGCAAUCAGUCCAAAAUCGAAACGAACCUGCUGAAGAUCUUUAUGUCCAAGAUGGAUGCCUUUCUGGAGUUGCCUGAUGUGCUGCUUCUGCCGCAAGUACAGCUCAUUAUGUCCAGCAGUCAUCGGGCUACCGUUCAGAAGCGAUCUUUUAAUGUGAUCGUGGCCAUCUAUAAGCAGAUCUACGAGAGAGUUCAUGAUCCGGCCAACGGCUUUGAGCAGCCGGGGCAACUUCUCCACAGGACGCCUGAGCAGGUGGCCCACAUCCUGACCUCCACGUAGUGGAUAAGGUAUUAUUCCAAUUUAUAUUGUGCAUUACUAUAAUUUAUAAAUAUCUAUUAAUUAAUCCUUCUGUAAUUGGCUUUCAAUUAGUGGUUGAAAAUAUAAAUAAUUUCGCAUUUUAA